GUCGCGGCCGCCGCCAGGCAGUGGCGGGCGGUGCCAGUCCCUGCCGCUGCCCGCCCGUCCUCCCCGCUGUCGCUCCCGCCGGGGCGAGUAACUCCGCUGAGCGGCGGCGGAGCCGGAGUCGCCGGGCGGGAGCGGGCUGAAGGUUUCAGAACGGAUGUUGGAAGAUGUUAGCUGUGGAUACUGGGGUUGUGGAGGAGUGGUUAUCAGAGUUCAAGACACUACCAGAAGCAUCCAUACCCAGCUAUGCUACAAACUUGAAAGACAAAAGUGCUUUGAUUUCAUCUCUUUACAAAGUAAUUCAGGAGCCGCAGAGUGAACUUUUGGAGCCAGUUUGCCAUCAGCUCUUUGAGUUCUAUCGCAGUGGCGAGGAACAAUUGCUACGAUUUACGCUGCAGUUCCUACCGGAAUUGAUGUGGUGCUAUCUUGCUGUCUCUGCCAGCAGAGAUUUGCAGAGCAGUGGAUGCAUAGAGGCUCUUCUCCUAGGAGUUUAUAACUUGGAGAUAGUUGACAAAGAGGGACAUAGCAAAGUGCUGAGUUUCACAAUUCCGUCUUUGUCCAAACCUUCAGUCUAUCAUGAACCUUCCAGCAUUGGCUCCAUGGCUCUCACUGAAGGAGCUUUGUCGCAGCAUGGUUUGUCCAGGGUUGUGUACAGUGGACCUCAUCCUCAGAGGGAGAUGUUAACAGCACAGAACAGGUUUGAAGUGCUGACUUUCCUUCUGCUCUGUUACAAUGCUGCCUUAAGCUACAUGCCUGCAAUUUCUCUUCAGUCGUUGUGUCAGAUUUGUUCAAGAAUUUGUGUCUGUGGAUAUCCUCGCCAACAAGUGAGAAAGUACAAGGGAGUCAACAGUAGGAUUCCAGUUUCAUCUGAAUUCAUGGUGCAAAUGCUAACAGGGAUUUAUUAUGCCUUUUAUAACGGAGAAUGGGAUCUGGCUCGUAAAGCUAUGGAUGACAUUUUGUAUAGAGCACAGCUGGAACUCUAUCCAGAACCUCUGCUGGUUGCUAAUGCAAUAAAAGCUUCACUGCCUCAGGGUGCCAUGAAAUCUAGUAAAGAAGGUACAAGAUGCAUUCAGGUUGAAAUUACACCUACUUCAUCCAGAAUAUCCAGAAAUGCUGUGACUAGCAUGUCUAUCCGAGGGCAUAGAUGGAAAAGGCAUGGUAAUACUGAUUUAGGAAUUCAAGAAGAACUGAUAGAAGUAUCUGAACCCGAUGAAGGGUUUUACUCUAGGGCUACUUCUAGUACAAGUCAGUCUGCCCUAUCUAACAGCAGCAACACGAGCAGCAAGAACCUCUUAGGGAAGAGCCAGCGAAGGUCUGGAGGAAGCAAAGCUGGAGGAAAAGAAAAAGAAGGCGAAACCUGCAGAGAACACUUGUCACGAAAACAAACUCAGAGAGCCAUGAGCGAGAAUCUAGAGCUCGUCUCUCUGAAGAGGCUGACACUGACAACUAGCCAGUCCCUGCCUAAGCCUGGCAGCCAUAGUCUGGCCAGAACGACCACUACUGUCUUUAGUAAAUCCUUUGAACAGGUCAGUGGCGUCACAGUUCCAAAUAAUCGCGGUGGUGUGUCUGGUACAGAGGCAAACAGGUUUUCCGCUUGCAGUCUUCAGGAGGAAAAACUGAUAUAUGGAACAGAAAGAACAGAUCUUCCGAUUUUAAGCAAACAACCUAAUCAGCAGCGACCUCCUAGUAUUAGCAUAACUUUGUCAACAGAUUGAUGUUAAAUUGGCAAGUGUGAAAAAUAAAAUAUUGAGAGUUUAUGCUGAUAUUGGUACAUUGGUACAUUAAGCUCCUUAAUAUGCUAUACGUUACUUUCUUAAAACUCCAGCCCAUAAAUUCUUGUUUGGCUCGCAUUUGACAGUAAUAGUGAAUAGACAACAGUUGUAAUUAUUUUGCAUCAACUUUAAUAGCUUGGAAAGUUCCUCUUUGACUUACUGUAUUUCUACACCCGAUUGCUUACAGCUUCAUGUGAAGUUUACAGCUUUGCCAAUUGAACAGACAUUGAUCGGUUGUUUUAGCCAGCCACCAAGAUGUGUGGCUUUUUACAAGUGCAGAGCAUGGGAACAAACAGAGCCUCUUCCCCAGGUUCUGCUUUUUUCUACCACUUGGCAUAGGCAAAACUGCAAGUACUUGUUUUAUUUAAGAGGAGUCUCACAGUAUGGGCAUGGAAUUUUGGAACAGCGCUGUGAGAACAUAAACAUUCUCUUAUGUUAACCAUGAGAGAACUGUGCUUAUGUGUAAGGUCAAAACUAGAAGCAUCAGUUCAGUGUUUGAUGUGAUGGCGGUUUUUGUAACAGUAGCUAGUACACAUUGCAAUGUUCAUACUUCUUUAUGCCUAUGUGAGUCUGAAUUAUAGAUAUGUUUUGGUUUGUCUGUAUGUCUUUGAAACUGCGCCAAAAAGCCAUACAGCAGCAGUACUUGUGGAUGGGAGUCUUUAGACUUUUGAAUUGUGUGACAGACACUGUCUUUCUUUCAGAUUCUUAAAUAUCAGGCACAAAGCUACCCAUUGAAAAGUCGCUGUCAUCAGUAUUUUUAUGAUUUAUGGGGAAGAGGUGUGCUUCUGUAACCAUGUUAUGUAGGAAAUAAGGUGUGAGCCCUUUGAACUGACUGAAGCAAAUCAGGAGCGUGAAUCUGUUUAACAUGAACUUCUUACCUGAGACUAAGAGAAUAUUACCAAAGGAUAUGUACUUUCAGUAACUUGCAAGCACAAAGGGAAAUUACAAUGUAAAUAUAACUAGCACUGUAAUUCCUAGUCUUUUAUAUCUAUUAUUUUUCUAGUUUGAAAAAACAGCAGCCUGUUCAAGGCUACCUAGCCUUUAACGCUCGGUUAAUUUGGUGACCUUGUGUGAUACCAACUUUUAUAAUGUUAAGAUUUUAAUUAAAACUGGGCAUUAAAAUUUCUUAUGCAGAAAUUUGUAGAAGCAAUAGUUGACAAAACCACUUCAGUAGCAGUGAUUAGCUGAUAAACACACAAUAUAUUAUUAUGAGUGGAGAAAUAGGAUGAAGAUCUAAGGCGUAGUCAUUCCCAGCUGUCCAGAUUUCUGCAGCUUGUGAUCCCUCAUUAUCAAGAACCUUGUAACAAAACAAACACUAAAAUUCUGGUAGACUUACCUAUUUUCCUGGAGAUAAGUUUAGAUAUCCCUUUUUGACUUAAACCGAAGCAGAAGUAACUUUUAAGCAGCUAAUGUUGUUCAGGUUUAUAGCAAUCAAUAAGCUGGUUAAUUAAUGAAAAGAGAUGAGGAAACAUAGUUGAUAGGGACAAAUAAGUUGUAUAAUUCUGCUCCUAAAACUGCAGACUAGAUGUGUACAGUUCUUGAGAUUCACCCAAGUAUGUGGAAUUGCUGCAUCAGUCUAUAGAUGUUUGUCUUCUCCUGAGAGUCUGAGUUUAAAUGAACGUGCCACACUUUCUCAUUCCUGUUUGUUGUGUGACACUUCUAUUCUAAUAACGCAGUAUUUCACCUUUUCACAGUGAAGCGCUUUCUUAAUUGUACAUGCAAAUUUACAUUCCUAAUGAAUAAACUCCACACUUGUCCUGUUUAGUGUUUAAUACUUUGGCCAGUGAAAUAAACUGGUUUUCGAAGUUGUAUGUUUUUGUAAAUACUUUGUACAGUAGAAAAAAAUUUCCUCUUUUUUUUUUUUGCAGGUUUUUCUGCAAUACAUAUUAGACAGCGUAUUUGUUUGAGACUGACUAGUACGUGUGGCUGCUGGAGCACACAUAAGCACAGGCCAUAGAAGGGGUUUAGGCAGCUGAGAGCAGACAUUGGCGAGCACUACACGUACUGAGUGUAGGGCACUUUCUCUCCUUGAAAUUUGUUCUAGGUGUUACAAAGAAAUAACCUACAGGACUUCCAGCUGCCUCCUGAUCUGCUCUUGCAGUGUAGUGUUUAAGAAUACUUUGGAAACACUUUACAACAAUUUAAACUGAGUCAUAAAUUAGAAUAGAUAAAUAAAAUUGCAAUUGACAAAUGUUUGUUGUGACGGUAUUAGUUGUGAGUAAGUGUUAAGGGACUAGAAUUUUUAAGUCAUUCUACUGGUUUUGUUUUGUUUCAUCUAGUUCAUGACUCUUUCAGUUAUCUCCACAGUAGACACUCUUUCAAGCUGGCUGUCGGUAUUAAUGAUGUUUAUUGUACUGGGAAGAUUUAGUCACUUCAGCUAUAAAUAAUUAGAAUUUUGAUGGAUCUAAAAUGCCAUAAAAUGUAGAUAUGUAACAAUGUUUACAAUACUGUUGGCUACCAGCCAAACAGUGUUAAAGUUAGUUUAUCCUUUUAUUUUAUCCAGCUAAUUAUUCUAACUGAUCUGGCUUGAACCCAAGACGGACUUAUAUUGGUACAACUGCAAUUACAUUAAAGCUUCAUAUUUUGGGGAGAAAAUUAUGAAAGGAAAGGUUCUUGGUACUAAAGGCUGCUGUUUCUGUACACUUGUGGCUUCAUAUAAAUAUGUAUGUAUUGGUCUCUGGAGUAACUUACACAAUGAGCACGUUUUUUGUGAACUGACAUCACGCCCCGAUACUGAUUGAGUCUAAAGAAUUUUUUCCUGAUGUGAGUAAUAAAAAUUUCAGUUGUGCUUCUUUCUUUUCUUAAAUAUGGAAAAGAAAAAAAAAAAAAAAAAGGCAGGAUGGGGGAGAGGGAAGGCAGAAUUAUGUGUUGUCCAAAUGUCCAUGGUGCGGGACUGGGGGAGGAGGAGUGGGGGUGAAAUACAACAGGAAGCAGAUAUAUUCUUCCACGAUAUUUCUUAAAUUGUCAAGCUCCUGGCUUUUGAGCAUUAAUUAACUGAUCACUUUAUACUGAUUAUUAAAAAAUGUAUAUUUCUCCUAACAGCGUAAGGAAAACCUAUUAAGACAUCCCAUAUUAUAGCCUACCUGGGAGUGGGUAGUUCUGAUGAAGCCAUUCCAAACAUCAUACACAGCUGCAACAUUCUGCAGGAACAAUGUUAUGUAGGAGUGAAUCAUCUCAAAUUAUAAUAAGAGAAGUUGUUUUCAUGCUGACAUUUAUAACUGACCUUACUGUUUUAAAUCAAAGGGCGCUGUUUCCAAUGAUGGCUUUGAACAGCAAUGCUUUCAAGACUGUUGAAACGGAGAAGAAUUAUUUCUAUUGUGAGAAUCUGUAACAUUUGUGCAAAAAGCAUAUGGUCUCUAACCACUUGCUGUAGAGCUGCGGUGACUCUUCUGAAAGGAGGCAAAUGUCCUUGAAUAAUACCUGACAGGUACAGAAAUACAUAGCUAUUUUAGUCACACUUCUCUCUAAAGAGGUCUCUUCUGGUUUAUAUGAGGUUUCUAGAAAUUUCUAACUUAAUUAUUAUGUCUGAUAUCUUUUGGCAGUGUUUGAGGCUUACAGUGCUGUAUAUAGGUGUGUAAUAUAUUGCCUUUUGUAUCUGUACAAUUCUAAGACUAGAUGUCUACAUUUCUUAAUAUUCAUCAAAGUCUGUGGAAUAGCUGCAUCAGUUUAUAGAUGUCUGUCUUCACCUGAGAACCUGAGUUUAAAUGAGCGUGCCCCUCUUCCUCAUGUUCUUCACUUUGUCCUGUGAUACUCUUCUGUGCUAGUAAUGCGGUAUUUCACCUUUUUUUUUUUUACAGUGUUUUCUUAAUUGUACACGAGAACUUACAUUCCUAAUGUAUAAACAACAAGUUGUCUUGUUUAGUGUUCAAUAAUUUGAGCAGUAAAAUAAAAUGGUUUUUUUGAA